AUGGCAGAAGCUCCACAGCCCAACUUUACCUUCCCACACCCAAGCUUCUUCAUAAUGACUGGCAUUCCAGGGCUAGGGGGUGCCCAGGCCUGGCUGACACUGAUCUUUGGGCCCAUGUAUGUGCUGGCCUUGCUGGGCAAUUGAGCACUGCUGGCAGUGGUGCAUAUAGACUCCACACUGCACCAGCCCAUGUUUCUACUCCUGGCUACACUGGCAGCUAUAGACCUGGGCUUAGCCACAUCUAUAGCCCCAGGGCUUCUGGCCAUGCUGUGGCUCGGGCCCCAGCCUGUGCCAUAUGCUGCCUGCCUUGCCCAGAUGUUCUUUGUUCAUGCGCUGACUGCUGUGGAAUCUGGCGUACUGCUGGGCAUGGCCUGUGAUUGUGCUGCAGCAGUAGGGCGGCCACUGCACUACCCUAUCCUAGUCACCAAAGCCCACGUGGGGUAUGCAGCCCUGCUACUGGCACUGAAAGCUGUGGCUAUUGUUGUGCCUUUCCCUCUGCUGGUGGCACGAUUUGAGCACUUCCGAGCCAAGACCAUAGACCAUGCCUACUGUGUACACAUGGCGGUGGUAGAGCUGGUAGUGGGUAACACAUAGGCCAACAACUUGUGUGGGUUAGCACUUUCCCUAGCCGUGUCAGGUAUAGAUAUUCCGGGCAUCAGUGGUUCCUACGGGCUCAUUGCUCAUGCUGCACUGCGGCUGCCUACCCAGGAGGCCCAUGCCAAGGCAUUUGGUACAUGUAGUUCUCAGAUCUGUGUCAUUCUGGCCUUCUAUGUGCCUGGUCUCUUCUCCUACCUCACACACCGCUUUGGUCAUCACACUGUCCCAAAGCCCGUGCACAUCCCUCUCUCUAACAUCUAUUUGCUGCUGCCACCUGCCCUCAACCCUCUCAUCUAUGGGGCCCGCACCAAGCAGAUCAGGUAGCGGCUACUGGAAAUUUUCACAUUCAGAAAAAGCCAGUUCUAA